GGUGGGCAGUAUCUCUUUGCUAAGCGCAACAAACAGUUCACAUUGAAAUGGAUUCGCGCACCUUCGUAUUCCUCCUGCUAAUUGGUUGCCUCUUUGUUGGAUGUUGCAUGGCAGCGCCUCAAGGAUGUGGCGGUGGGUUUUAUACCCAAAAUGGGAACCUGGUGAUCGACGUAAAUAACAUUCAAAGCCACCUAAACUGUGUAAAUCGGCAGCAUCAACGUGGAUGAAAUCGUUAAACGAAAGCUAGUUUUAUUCAUUAGUAUAUAAAAGUUCACAGUGCAAUCCAAACACUUCAAUAAAUAUUAUAAAAUAUGGACAACUGUUUCUAAUUGAAA